UUAUUGGAAAGGUAAAUGACUGCUCUUUCGUACUAACUACGUCGGAUAUAAUUAUAUAUCAUUAAGUCCAAUACAUCCUGUAUGUCUAUUAAUUUUCUUUUCUUUUUUCUUAAAUAUCUUGCAAUUUUUAAUCUAUACGAAUUUCAUCCAUCAGUUAUGCGUUAUUCAUGUGGUGCUUGUCCAGAAGGUGGCUAUCCCUAUGAGAUCAUCUCGCUAAUGAAAGGAUAUUCUACGAACAGUGACCAAGGAAAGCAAAAGCGUGCUGGAUCGAGCACUCUGGUUAAAGGAUCUAAGAAUGUCAUUGUUGACACUGGAAACCCUUUUGAAAAAGAGAAACUCUUAAAGGCGUUGGACGAAAGUAAUACGAGUCCAAAUGAUAUUCAUUAUGUCGUUUGUACUCAUUGUUGCUUAGAUCACGCGGGAAAUUUGAACCUCUUCCCUGAUGCUAAAUUUUUGGUGUCGAAUGUCUGCAUGUCAAAGCGAGGCGUUUACGAUUGUUUAAAAACAUUUCCUAUCAAGAUAGAUCACGGGCUGAAGGUAGUUAGAACACCUGGAAUUUUUGAAAGUGAUAUGAGCGUGAUUGUGGAAAAUACGCGACACGGCACAGUUGCCAUCACAGGGGAUCUUUUUAAGAAUGAAGGGGAUUUAUCGGCGCAGGGAGAAAGUCGUAAAAUGAUUCUUAAUCUUGCAGAUUUCAUUGUGCCAGGUCAUGGAACAAUGUUCAGAAAUACGGAAAAAUACACGCAUGGCAAUAUGCAUACGUCUUUACCAGUAGUUGCUUUUUGUAUUAAAAUGCACGUCACAAGUGGUGAUGUGUUGCUUCCGAUCCGGAUUUCUUUGUGA